AGAGCGCGCAUGUUUGCGCCUGACUGAUAGGCUGUAAACACGGAAGUGAAACAACUUGUUGCCCCAGAUUCAGUCAUUGAUUCAUCCGCACAAACAUGAGUGUCUCAAAUAUAGUCUUAAUCUGGUUUGUGUCUUUAUUAGUCCCAGCUUCGGCGCUGGACAAUGGUCUGGCUUUAACUCCCACCAUGGGCUGGUUACAAUGGGAGAGAUUCAUGUGCAACAUCGACUGUGACGCGGAUCCUCGGAACUGCAUUAGAGAGGAGCUGUUCAUGGAGAUGGCAGAUGUGAUGGUAAAAGAAGGAUGGAAGGAUGCUGGAUAUGAGUUUGUGUGCAUUGAUGAUUGCUGGACCUCACACAGGAGGGACGCCCAGGGGCGUCUACAGGCUGACCCCAAGAGGUUUCCUAGUGGAAUCAAAAAACUGGCAGAUUAUGUCCAUGCCAAAGGGCUGAAGCUGGGAAUAUAUGCAGAUACUGGCACAAGAACAUGUGAAGGCUAUCCUGGGAGUUUAGGCUACUAUGACAUCGAUGCUAAAACGUUUGCAGACUGGGGUGUGGAUCUGUUAAAAUUCGAUGGAUGCUUCAUGCCUGACUGGCAUCAACUGGGAGAAGGUUAUACAAACAUGUCGAGAGCUCUAAACCAGACAGGCAGAAGUAUUGUUUACUCCUGUGGAUGGCCAUUAUAUGAGUGGCAACAUCAACAGCCUGACUAUGAGGCAAUUGGCAAGACCUGUAACCACUGGCGUAACUAUAAAGACAUUUAUGACCAGUGGAGCAGUGUGAAGAGCAUCCUGGACUGGACAGCUGAUCAUCAGAAGAUCCUGGUCCCAGUGGCAGGACCAGGUGGAUGGAAUGAUCCCGACAUGCUAAUCAUAGGGAACUUCGGCCUGAGCCACGAUCAGCAGCAGACUCAGAUGGCCUUGUGGGCUAUCAUGGCUGCCCCACUUCUGAUGUCCAACGACCUGCGAAACAUUUGUCCUAAAGCCAAAGAACUGCUGCAGAACAAACAGAUCAUUGCCAUUAACCAGGAUCCUCUGGGCAAGCAGGGCUAUCGCACCUUAAAGGGUGACAGUUUUGAGGUGUGGGAACGACCCUUGUCAGGCAACAGGCUGGCCGUGGCAGUGAUGAAUAGACAGGAGAUUGGUGGUCCACGCAGAUUCAUCAUUUCUGUAGCGAUGCUGCCUAGUUGGCAGCUCUGCAACCCAAAGUGCAAUGUAACACAGAUCCUCCCUGUGUACAAGGAAAUGGGUGUCCAGAAUCUGUUUUCAGAGGUGAUGGUCCAAGUCAAUCCUACAGGCACAACACUUCUCACUGUCAGCCCUAUCAAGAGCAGUCCUCAUGACACCCUGUGACAUGACUUGGAAAGCAAAACUUUUCAAAGAAAUGGGAAAUGUAUUAUUGCACUAAUUAAGAGUUAGAGUUAAACUUACUGAUAUUUUUGUUAAGACUUUUUUUUCCCUUUUAAAUAAUGUUGUAGUAUAUAUAUAUAUAUAUAUAUAUAUAUAUAUAUAUAUAUAUAAUAGUUUUUAAUUUUAUUUUUAAGUGCUAAGGAAUCAAAAUUAAAAAAGUGUAGUAACAUAUCAUUUUACUGUACAUAAAACUUUCACAAAGCACUAUAACUCUAAGAAAUGAGUUCAUACUUUACACACCUGUGUUUUUACCUAUGAUUUCAUUUCACUAAAUGUGUGCUGUAUUACAGAAACAAAUGACAUUCAUCCAUCAACUGCUCCACUUCACAGUGAAGACUUACAAUGUGUUUAAAGGUUGCACUGCCAAAUAACUUAUUUUAGCAUGCAUAAAGACCCUCAGGGAUUUGACAGAUUUGGCAGCUCAUGUCUUGUUCUGAAAUGAAAAUAAUUGAUCCGAAAUCAAAUAAAGCAUCAGUGCCACGUUUGCAUUACUAUAA